AUGCAGAAUCCUGUCCGUGCUGCUGCUACUGACCCUAGCGGACGCUGUGUCGGAGGCCUCCAAGAACCAUCCGCAACGACUGAUGACUCGCUCGACACGCUCGCUGCACCAGGUCCGCUGGCGACACGGAAGGAGAUGAGAUCGACGCCGCUGAGGGGCGGGCUGCCGGCGGAGACUCACAUCUCCCCCUUCCCGGAGGACGACGACAUCCUCCCCUCGAACGCGAGAGUGAAGGACUGGCCGAGAGUCGAAAGACCCAGGGCUGGGUCUCAGGCCGAAAAAAAUGGCCAGAACGUGUGCAGCACGAAAGAAUGCAAAGAAACCGCCGACGAGCUGAUGGCCGCGAUGAACACAACCGCGAAUCCCUGCGAUGACUUCUACGCUUACACCUGCGGGAACUGGAUUAAGGCUAAUCCCAUCCCGCCCACCUCCAACGUCAUGACCAUGAUUAACAAGCUCCGGCUCGAACUCAACCUGCGGGUCAAAGAAAUCCUGAGCGAAGGGUCUUUGUCGAACGACAGCGCGUCCGUCCUGGACGCGAAGAACAUGUUCGCCGCUUGCGUCGACAACGCAACCCUGGAGUCACUGGGGCUGAGCCCCCUCACCUCGCUCAUGGAGAACCACGGCGGCUGGCCGAUGGCGAUGGGCGAGGGGGAGGCGGGCGACCCCGACUGGCAGGAGACGGCGGCCGCUCUCAUCCGGGAGGUCACGCUCAACACGCUCGUCACGGCUUACGUUGGGCCGGAUGACAUGGACACCAACAACAGCGUCCUCUAUCUGGACCAGUCGAUCCUGGGUCUCACCGGCCGGGACUUUUACCUGGAGCCGUCGCUGCAGUCGAUCCUGGACGCCUACGCCGAGCUGUUGAAGGGGACGGCGAGGCUGGUGAGGGACUGGCAAGGGUCCGGCGUCGGUGACGACGCCAUCGAUGAGCAGGGGGCGGAGGUCAUCGCCUUCGAGAAAGCCCUAGCUGAGAUCGUGGUGCCGAGCUCGGACAGGCGGAACACCACGGCCCGCUACAACAGGCUGAGCCUGGCGGAUCUUCAGAACGCGACCGACGCCGGCGCCCCGGGAGUCAUCAGGUGGACAAAUUUCCUGAACUCCGUGUUCUCGGGCGUGAACGUGACCUGGAACAGCAGCAACGAGGUCGUCUGCUACGCCACGGACUUCAUGUCCGACCUGGCCGACCUCCUCAACCGGACCCCAAAGAGAACGAUCGCGAACUACUUGCACUGGCGGUUAGUGUACGCGGUGGGGGACGAGACGAACGAAGCGAUGCGGGAUCUUUUCUUCAAUUACUCCAAGAUCGUCUCGGGGAUCAACGAGCCUCCAGCGAGGGAGGAUGUGUGUGCGGGUCUGGUGAACAGCAUGAUGGGGAUGGCCGUCGGGAGUGUCUACGUCUCCGAAUCCUUCCCAGCCACUGCAAAGGAAGAG